UGUAGCCAACAUGACACAGUUGAUGUUGGUGUCAUAUAUCUUCAACAUUAUUUGUCUGUGGUUAUGACCAAUAUAAAAGUAGUAACUGAUAAGAUAAAUAAAAACUAGCCCAGUAGGCAUCUAUUGAUUGCCAAGAAUUUUCUUAUCACAGGGACACUCUUAACAGUGAGUCAGUCACUUUCAGACUGUAUAAGACAAGAAACUCCACCUUUACCUACAGUACUGUAAUAUAUUUUACCCACUGAUACAUAAUGCAAAAGGUGCUAACCACCACACAAUAUGACUGCAGCUGCCUCAUGCUUUCACACACUUUGUUUUGCUUCACCAAACAUUCACCCCUGUACAGACAUAUUCACCAUGUCAGUGGGAAGCAGUGGUGCAUAGCUUUUGCUCUUAUGCACAUGGAUGAGAUUGUUGAAAACCUAAAAAAUGACUCACCAAAGGCCAAGUUUGAAGAGAUUGUCUUUUAUUCAAAUACAUCAGUUUGGAACAUAUCUACAGCACCGUUUGUGCGUAUUACACCUAACUCACACCGUAGAUUCUGUCACUGCGCAGGCUCUAUUCAAUGGGCACACAAAUGAGAACAAGCAAAUCACCAUUUGCUGCUAUGACUACAAACAACACUCCUGUAAUGUUCGCAGAAUUUUGCUCAAAUUUCAAAAAUGUCCAGCUUCUGAAAUGCAUCCAGUAAUAUAUCAUAGCAGCAAAAAUGGGGCUUUUUAUCUUUUUUUUUCUUACUGUGUCAGAGCAUUGUUGCAACUAUGCUGUUGCGUAGCUGAUCAGACAUGUUUCUAGACAGUGCACGUUAUUAAAACAAAACUGUAACAGAACAGAGCACUGUUUCCAGGAAAACAGGCCAGGCCAGGUGAGAGGACCAGUAAAAACAGAGACAUGUUCACUCAUGUACAUUUGUUUUCAGUUUAAAGUUUCCUCUUGUGGUUCACGUCCAGCCUUGCAAAGCAGCAGCAACCAGAGACCACAGCAGAUGCAGUGACGAAGCAACCAUGACCCAGCUGGAGACAGCCAUGGCCAUCCUGAUGAAGACCUUUGAUACAUAUGCCGGUGCAGAGGGCCAAAAAGACAGCCUGAACAAAGCUGAGUGCAAGACUUUGCUGGAGAAGGAGCUGCCCGGACUGCUCAAGGCAGCGAAGAAUCAAGAUGAGGUGGACAAGCUCCUGAAAGGUCUGGACUUUAACGGAGACUCUGAGGUCGACUUCAGUGAAUUUGUGGUGCUGGUAGCUGCUCUCACCUGUGCGUGCCAUGACCGCUGUCCAAAGAAGUGAGCAGGACGACCACACCCUGGGGUGGGGCCACAUGGUCCCACAUCAACAUAAGAUACACUGUUUCUUAUAAUAGCUGAAUAAAAGGAUUUAUUUACCUCUACGUGGCUGGUUUAUAUGUACUGUAUGUCUAACCUGAAAUUGUGAGUAAUGAAAAUAUAGCAAGAAACUUAAAAACAAACAAAAAAUGAAUGACAAAAAUGUUAAUUGUGCUUUGUGUGAUACAUUUUGUAUUUACAGUGUUCUGCUUUGGAUUGACAUAUUUAUGCACCUCCUCCAAAUGAUGAUGCUCUAUAAAAUAUGUUGCGUGAUGUGUAGCAAUAGCUGUAGUUAUUGUGUAUGAAUCCCAGCUGCUUUCAGUUCCUUAAAAUGUAAUUUCUUGGAAUGUGACUGUGUGUAUAUGUGUGUUGUAUGCACAUGACUAGGCAUACCA